GUGAAUGUGUGUAGGACGCUGGUGUAGAAACUGUCCGCCCCGGAGGAACUGAAACAAACUCGCACUGAUUUAGCAGCUGAGCUGAGCUGAGCUGAGCUUCUCUACAGCAGGUCGUGUUUUGGGCAUGGCGAAAGCAAAGCAGGAUGCCUUCGACAGAGCCAGACUGCAGGUGAUUAAGGACGGCUAUGAACGGGGAUUUCAGUGCAUUAACAAAGCUCUAUCUGAGGAUGAGGCUGGACGCAAGACGCAGGCUUUGGAGCUUUACCGUCAGGGACGUCAGCACCUUCUCCGAGCGCUCAGCGUGCCCACGAGAGGAGACCAGUGCGUUGGAGCUCAGUGGGAUUCAGCCCGGGAAAUGCAGCAGAAGAUGCAGGAGACCCUGAACAACAUCAUGUCUCGAUUAACAGUGUUGGAGAACAGCGUGGAUCCCUCAGCUCCUCCUUCUGUCCCGAGCAGACCAGGGGACGAGGCAUCUUCUCAGAACCUGUACCCCACACUCCCUACGAGACCAGCACCACCCACAGUGCUGUUCUCCGACGGCCAACCUGCAGGAACCGAACAACCACCUGCGUACUCCCCGCAGGCUGCUGAUGGACACGUCAGCAUUUCAUACGGAACAGCUGCAGGAGAGCUGUCUUUAGUCGGGGAUGAGUUCUACAGCCACACGUCCAGCUCUAAUACCUCGCCACAGUUCCUGGGGGAAGACGGAGAGGAGCUGUGUUUCCUGCCCAACGGUGUCCAGAUCUUCUUCGUGACUCCUGAAGGACACGUGAGCGCACCCUCUUACCCAGGAUACCUGCGUAUCGUGAAGUUCACCAACGUCCGUUCUGAAACGACGCCCACCAGGCCACCCGCCUUCCUACAGGUGUGUGAUUGGCUCUACCCCCUCAUGGCCACUGACUCUCCAGUCCUGCUGUGUAACACCGGCGUCUACAUGUUCCCUGAUUUGAUGGCUCCAUCUCCAGGCUACUACGUGGGUGUGGUGCUGUCCUCUGAACUGCCCCUGUCAGACCGCGACGUCUUCCGGGAUGUCCUGUCCCAACUGACGGACCUGAGAGUCCAGCCAUCCGAUGAAGCAGCAGACACGAUUAACCUGCCUCAGAAGGUGCCCAUAGAGCCAGCGGUGCCUGAGGUGGCGCCCCCUGCUGAAGAGGACAAAGCACUACCAGAGUGGAGCGAGAAAGUGGCUCACGGGAUUCUUACAGGAGCUUCCUGGCUGAGCUGGGGAUUAACGAAGGGAGCCGAAUACACAGGGAAGGCCAUCCAGAAAGGAGCCUCCAAACUGAGGGAACACAUCACACCCGAAGACAAGCCCACCCAAGUCAGCCCUACGGUCACUAAAAGCCUCCAAGUAGCCAAGCAAGCCACAGGAGGAGCUGUGAAAGUCAGCCAGUUUCUGGUGGAUGGACUGUGCACCAUCGCUGGUCACUUGGGCAGAGAGCUAGCCCCUCAUGUAAAGAAACACGGAGCGAAACUGAUCCCAGAGUCCAUGAAGAAAGACAAGGAGGGACGAUCCACUCUCGAUGGAGCCAUGGUGGUCGCUGCAAGUGGAGUUCAGGGAUUUGCCACGAUGUGGAUAGGCCUGGAAACCGCAGCCAAGAACAUCGCCAAGAGCGUCGCCACUGAGACGGUCACCACCGUCAAGCAUAAGUAUGGGGCUGAAGCAGGGCAGGCUACAGACCACGCCGUCAACUCCGCCAUUAACGUGGGCCUCACCGCGUUCAACAUGGACAACCUGGGCAUCAAGGCCAUGGUGAAAAAGACGGGUAAAGAAACAGCACAUGCCAUUCUGAAAGACUACAGGGUAAUGGACACGGCGGCGGCGACGGACGAACAAGAAGAGAAACCCAAAGAGCGGAAAUAGACUGAUGGAUUGUAUUGUAACGGUCAGGGUUCUGCUUUAGAGAUCCGUUUUAUAUGGAAAAUAAAAAACUGUCAUGCUGUGUUCUGAGUAUAUACAGGUUUACCAUCAGGGUGGACAGACCUGCUUUAGAUUAUUUCCAAAAAUUAACCUCUAACUCUUCUCACUGUUUCAUUAUUUACCGACAUGCUGCCUAUAAAUUACAGUUCAGGUCUAUUUUUAUACUGAUCAACUCUUUCUAAGAAUCCUAACAACAGGUUUUGAAGAAGUUCUCCAUUGUGGCCUUAUUCUCUGCUCGCUGCGAAAGUCUAAUAGAUAGUGAUCGUUCUACUGUAGUUUAAUUCAGAACAAUGGUACUUUGACUUUUAUUUGUCAGUCACGACAUCGAUACGACCAAAUCGGAACGCAGAACAAGUACGGAUUCACAAUCCAUCACUUUGCUUCACGUCAGGAAGCGGAAAACUCUGACUGACUAACGUUUGAACAAAUUGGGAUUUAACUAAUCCUAAUCCUGUCCGACUAGUUGAAAUCAAACAUUUAUUUAACACACUAGUUCUUUCAGUCAAAUCUAUUUCAGUCCAUCAUUUGUUAAGAACCUUUUUGCCAGGACUACUUCAGCGAGGUUAUUCAUCGAAGAUGAAUAAUAAAAGGAAGGAGUCGCCAGUGCAAGUGAUUUGUAACAGAUUUGUCAGUUAAAACUCUACGUUUUCUCCCACAGCACAGUUUACAGGUUUAUCAGUAGCGUGAUUUUUUUUUCCCCUCCUCCUCUCUGUCAUAUUAACAUCAAAAAAGCUGGCUGUGUGGAAUAACUGUGUUUAUAGCUGCUAUAACAGGAAGGAACUUGUUUCAUGGACAUUCCAUAGCUUUAAACAUAACGCAGCUAUAAACGGAUAAAAAUACUGCCCUCCUUUAAUUUAUUAAACACCGUAAUCGUCAAGUUUUUGUGGUGUAAGAGGAUUGAAAACACUUUUUCUAUAAACGCACACCUUGAUUGUGUAGUUUUGUAACUUUUUGACUUGACGCGUUACAUCUUCACCCUUAAAAACUAUCAUUCAUUUUAAUUAAAUUAAUAAUUUUAAUAAAAAAACAAAACGUCAUUUUUAAAUGAAUUUCAGGACUAAUGGGCGAUUCUCAUGAAGCUGCAGUGAACAUGUCCAGGACGCAUUUUCCAAAAUCAAUACUUAAUUCACAUAAACUCUGAUAUUUUGUGUAAAGAAAAUAGGGAGCACUGUAUGGACAAAUGGUUUUCAUCAUCAUAUAAACUAACUUUUAUAUCAAUUAAACAAAAAAUCUAUGGAAAUUCUCAUUACCGUUAUGUGUCCGCAUCCCUUUUUUUAAUGUUCACUUUAAAUCAUAUAAAAAUUCCUAAUUAUAUAAAAAAUAAUAGUGUAAAGUUAUUUUAAAACAUCUAUAUUUAUGCAUAAUAUUAAUAUUUUUUGUGUUGACCAAAAAAAGGUACUUGAUUUUAAACAAAAUAAAUGUGUCCGCACCAAAUGUUUCUCAUUACCGUUUCAUGAUUUCACCCCCCUAUAAAAAGUACACCGUGCCUUUUAAAUUGAUCAGCUAUCCCAUGAUGCAUCACUUCAGAUACAAGAUUCAAAAUGGAGACAAGGUCAGUUGCUCACUCUUCUCUUACUUUGUGAUAUUUAUGUUAAUGUUGCUAAAUCUGUCCUCAGUUACACUGUCUAUUAUCAUUACCGUUAUGGUUUAAUACUCAUUACUUUAAAAAAUAAAAAAUAUAUAUAUUAUUUUAUGAUUAUUAUCACAAUAUAAGGCUUUAACAUGUGGCAAAGUUAUAGGAUGCUAGCAUGUGUCAGGUUAUUUGUGAAAUUAGCCAAGAGUAUCUCAUUACCGUUACUCAAUAUUCUCAUUACCAUUCACUGUGAGGGCAAUAAAUAAAUGUCAAAAAAUAUAUAAAGUAAUUGGCAUGGACUGUGCUGUUCAUUUAAUGGGAUAUUUUGUGGAAAUAUGAAAUAAAUUGUCAAAUGUUUUUAACUCAUGAUCUAGCUUCAUCAUUUACUGUAACGGUGAUGAGAAUUAUUCUGGAUCAUGUAAGCCUCAAAUAAGAAUAAAAUUCCAUUAAAAUAUUUUUCCGUUAAAAAAAUAUCAACAUAGUAAAGUUCACACUAUUUUAGGCUCUCAACUUGAAAAAAUACUGAAAUAAGGUGAAAAACUUUAUGUUAAUGUGAAGGUCUUCAUGAGAAUCACCCUAAUGUCCUGGUAGCAGCUACAUCUGCGUUCAUAAGGAAAAUUCUCAUCAAUUCUGUGUUGUAAAUGCAAACGAUGGUGAACUGGUGCUUGGGUAGAAUAUACAAAUUACAAAUUGGUGGGCGGAGUCUUGUUCCUAAUUAUUCAAAGUCGAAUCAAAGAUCGUGCUGAAAUUCUCACUCAUUCCAAAGUCGGAACAAUUUCAUAAACGGUGCAGAAAAUUAUGUGUGUGUGUGUGUGUGUGUGUUUCAGACAACUAAACAUACAAUUUGAUGAAUAAAGGCCAAAGUUAGUGAGUGAAAAACUCAAUGUUCAACUGGAAAUGGUUUCUAUAAACGUUCAUGUUCUGUGUCUAAAUUCUGCAUCGGACUGAUGAUAAAUGACAUAUGUCUAUUUUUAAAUGCUUUAUUGACAAAGAAAUACUAUUAUUCCAUCUCUUUUCAAGCUUUAACUCUGAUUCCAAGCACUUUACACUGUGAAGAAGAGGAAAAGAUGACCAGCAGAUCAGUUAGAUGAAGGACGAUCAAGUCCGAGAUGUGUAUAAUUGACUACUGAUAACUGAUAGAAAUAGUAUUGUUUAAAAGUUUAGAUAUUUCAGUAGAAGUCCUUUUGAGUUGAAGCUAAUAUUUGAAUGAUGCAUUGCUAUGCAGUUACUCGAGCGUUAGGAAGUGUGUGUGUGUGUGUGUCUUUGCUGCUGUUAUUUUAAUACGUUAAUUCCAAAUCAAGCUCGCAGGAAUGAGAGGUAGUGGUUUGAUUGACAGGUCGGUAGGUAGGUGAGCUUAAACUGGGCUGCUUUUGUGUAAACCAACAUUCUGACGUUAUUUCUACAAAUAAACUCAGUCCUAGUGUUCGGUACAAAGGGCUCUGGGUGGGUAAAACAAAUCAGCUCCUCAUAUUUUACACUGUAUAUGCAAAAUAAAGAGUGACAAACUGUUCAAUUGAAAUGUCUGUUGCAGGACAACAAUCUGAAACAAAAUCAGCAGGAAAAUAGUUUUUAAAAAAUAAAGUUACACUUUGACUCCUGAGCCAAUUUCAUUUUCUUUUUUUUUUUUUUCUUUUAAACUGUAUGAAAAAAAAAAUGUGACACAGGAUCAAGCAUAGCUUCAGACUGCAAUGGAAAACCACUUGUGUGUGUGUGUGUCUCUUCUGUUAAGCGCAUUCUUACUGUGUAAGCCUUAUGUGCAAGACUUGCAAAUAAAUAACAGUUAAAUAUUAAUAUAAUUAUCUGACACAAUAAACUGCUACUCAAACACAA